AUUUGGUUCGUCUCUGUUGUUGUUACUGCGGAGGAGUAAAGGAAAACUUUGGGCGAUGGCGAACGACGACGAACAAGAACAAAGGGCUUUGGAAGAGCAGCUAGAGUUUCAAUUGCAGGAGCAGAAGGAAUCCCUCGAUGCCAUCAACCAAGGCCUUGCUUCUGAUCCUUCCAACUCUGAAUACCUUGACCUUCAUGGGGAGCUUGUUAAGGCUAUAGCUGAUGCUGAGGAAGGCCUUUUACAUCUGAAACGUGAAAGAUUGUUGAGAGAGGCUGAUUCUGUCUUACAUGCUUCAAAGUGUAUUGUGGAGGAUAGCAAUGCGGGACCCCUAGAUCCCAGUGAAGUUAAAGUAGAACCACUGGGUGAUCAAAGUUAUUCUAUUGGGUCAAACUGCAGAUUCCGGUAUACUGAUGGAAGGUGGUAUAAUGGACUCAUUCUGGGUUUGGAAGGCACCCAUUCUGCAAAAGUUUCUUUCCUUGCACCAACUACCGAAAGCAUGUUGGUGAGUCAUUUUUUUGCCUUCUAUUGUUUUAUUUCGUGAUUGCUCCUUUCAUUAGUUCAUAGUUUUCAUGUCAUGUUUUCGUGUUAUAAGGUUAUUAGCUUUCAGCCUAUUUCUUUUUGGGUUGAGAAACUUUUUGAAUGAAGGUUGUUAUUGUCAUCUCAAGUUCGGGAUGUCUUACGGGUUAGGAAAGCAUAAGACUGAGCAUAAAAGGUAACUGAUGUACUCUAGGAGGUUGUUUCCGUGACUUGAACCUGUGACCUCGUUUUCAUAGCAACAUGCUUACCUCUGCUCCCAGGCUUCAUUCAACCCUAAGAUUAAAUUGAAUGGGGGAUCUAAUAAUCUAAGAUAAUUAUGUCUUUGAAAUUCUUCAUCUACCAUUUUUUUUCACUGUCAUGUGCCCAAAUCAGUAGAGUUCUCGUCUCAUUAGCUCUGGUCUCAUCCGAUUGUAUGUUUGAUUCUUGUACAGUGUAACAUAUACACAUACUCUGUUGCUUGUGACCAUCAUUCAUUAAUAUACGUAAAACUAUGGGUCAGAACCAAUUCCUAGUUGGUCUUAUGGUAGAAUAAUUAUUUCAUUAUGCACGAUUCUUCCCUCCAACCAAGGGAAAAACUACAAAAAGGCAUAAACACACUCAAACACACACCCAAAAAAAAAAAAAGGACAAAGAGAAGCUUGGCUACUGGAGCAGAAGAAGUAUAGGGAACAAGCACUAGAAAUCCUAAUGACACUAUUGGAAAAGAAGACAGGCAUUCUGUAGAAAUAAAAAGCAUUAUUACUCAUCAAAUUCUAGUGUGUACAUUUAGUAUUUACUGAGACACAAUAUGAAGUUCUGCUAAAGUUAAAAUUAAUCCAUGGACAGUGCCUCGUACAUAAUUUCCUCCUUGAUGAACUGAUUGAAAGAAUAUUCAACUUUUAUUUUGAUGGAGAAGUCUAAGGGGAGCCCUAAGGAGAGACUGUCGAGGGACUUUGUGAAAUUGAUUGUCUUCUCAUGAGGUCGAGCUUAAAGGACUCUGUCAGUGAGGCUGCUUAGGGUAUUUGGACAUGGAAAGAGGAAAGGGAGAGAACAAUAAACAUAAGAAGAAAUUGGCUGGUUUCUGAGAGUUUUGUUUUAGCAUAAACUUAAAUGCUGAGAGAUAGUUUGUAAUGCCAAAUUUGGGAAUCAAACUGAACCUAUUUCACUGGGUGUCAAUUCGAUCAGAACUUUCUUAGUUCAAUUUACUGUUGCUUGCAUUUAGAAGUGCCCUGCUUCUAACAUUUGUUGGGUAAAAUUAUUUGCUAAGUCAGACAUUAAUCUCGUAUUGCUGUAAAUUGCUUUGUACUUGUGGUUGCUACUAUCGUUCAGACAUUAUCUUUGAUCAGGUUAAUCUAGAUUCAGCAUUUGAAGAGAAUAGGAACUUAUUCUUUACUUCAGCUGUUUAAUUUGUACCUUUUCUCUUUUGAAAUAGUCCCUUUCCCAUUUCCUCCAUGAUUGCAAAAAUAUGUGGAAGUUGGCCUUAACAUUUAAAAGUUUGGAUGCUGUGAUGAAACUGUUGCUUCGGUUGAAUUUUCAUCUGAAUUUGCUCUCUAAUAUGUUUAUCUAAUUACUGCUAUUUGUUUAUCUCCAUCUGCCAGGUUUAAUAAUUUGUAAAUGGGAAAGAAAAUGAAAUUGGGAACAUUCUAGAAGCAUUCAUUCUUGAAAUUUUUACUGUUGCUAUUUCAGCAAUAUCAGAAUGUUUGUUUGUAUCUAUAUGUUUAGAUGCAAAAGUGUUUAACCUUUAUUCUUUAUCAUGUGUGUAACCCUUUCAAACACGGAUUUAGGAGGCCUUUUUCCGCUUUUUAACUUUCACAGCCGCUUUGGUUUUCUUUGGGUUUUCUGUCACUUCAUUUCUCAUGAUAGGUAACUUUGCAAACUUGACAGAGCGACAUGUGGUCCUUUAUGUACUAGGUCAUGGUUGUACGUUACUUAUAGCCAAGAACAUGUCUUAAUCGAAUCAGCCACAUGCUUAACAUGCAAAUCAUAGUAGAAGAACAGAAUAUGUGGAAACAUCAUUUUAGAGAGAUGGACUUCUGAUUAUUACUAAAAGGAUAAAACUUGCAUUGAUGUUCUUUUCCUGUUUGCAUUUGCUUGUUGAUAAACUCUAAUUUGUACUUUUGAGUUUAUCAAUCAAGAAAACAAAUUGGUCAGCAUUUAAUAUAGCUUGCUAAUCGGUUUUUGGCUUCUAUUCACUUUGUUGGUAGUUAUUUUUCAAAGGAUAUGCUACCUUUGUUGCACCAAUUUACUAAUGCUAGACCACACAAGUGCAGAUGUGCAAGUUCUUUCUACAACAACGGUGUCGGUUUGGUAGUAGUUGCCGCUUAUCUCAUGGGGUUGACGUUCCCUUAUCUUCCUUGAAGAAGUAUAUUGCCACUGAAUGGGAUCAGUCAUUGGUGGGAUCGAGUAUUUGGGCGCUACAGGACAGUAAAUGUGGCAUCUGGCGAAAAGCUGAACUAGAAUUAUGGGAUGAGAACCUAAGGUUGGGGCAUGUUGUCUUUCAAGAUGAUGGUAGCUCAGCCAAGCUUGGGACAGGAGCUCUUUCAUUAUCUGAAUUUGCUGAAAUAACUGAUGAAGAAGACAAUGAUGUCAGUUCAGAAGGAUCUGAUUCUGGUGACUCUGAUGAAGAUAGCUCCCAAGGACUAGGAUUUAUGGACACCUCAAGCCUGCAGAGGGGCAUCCAGACUGAAACUGCGAUUUUUGCUAAGUGGGAAAAUCAUACCAGGGGUAUAGCUUCAAAGAUGAUGGCUAGUAUGGGUUAUCGAGAGGGAAUGGGGUUAGGUGCCUCUGGACAAGGAAUGGUGACCCCUAUUCCUGUUAAAGUACUCCCCCCUAAGCAGUCUCUUGAUCAUGCUGUUGAAAACGAGAAAGAUGAAGAGCAUAAAGAUAAUAGUGAAAAGAAGCGAAGUAGAGGUGGUAAGAGGAAACGUGAGAAGAAAUUUGCUGCAGCUGCUAGGGUGGCUAAAGAACAAGAGGAAUCUAAACCAGAUGUCUUUACCCUUAUCAAUAACCACCUUGCAACGCAUGGUGAAAGUUUCACUGGUGGAUCAAAGAAGCAGCAGAACAAAAGAAAGGAUGAAGGUAGGAAAGAGGACAGGAGGGGUCUUGUCGCUUAUGAAGAUGAGAUAAAAGACUUGAGGAUGCGUGUUGCAAAACUAGAGGAGAUGGUUGUACGAAACAAGAAAGAAAAGGUUGUUCACGAUGCUGCUAUGAGGAAGCUAAAUGAGACGCGCAAACUUCUGGCGGAGACUGAGGCAGCUCAUGCCUCUGCGUCGAAUGCCGUCAUUGCCAAAGAAAAGGAAAAGAGAUGGCUCAAAUUUUAGGUGAACUUUUCUGGCAUGAUGUCUAUAUUUUAUAUUAUGCAUUUUCACACUCUAAUUUUGGGAACAAAAGUGACGUUACAGAAGGAUAGCAACAAUUACUAUUUUAGGUUCACAACCUGAGGGUCUCAAUGUUAGUGUGGUAAGAUUCGAAGUCCUAAAUGUGUUAGAUUGGCAUACUCACAAUAGUUGUAGCUGCAACAAAAGUUGUACCUUUUGUACAUGAUAAUGCAAGUAUGCAUUUCCAUUAAUCAUGAGGAACUUUUUUAGCAAAUUCAUAGAAAUUUCACAAACAGCUAUACACUUCCCUUUCAUUGAACUUUUCAUAGUAGUUCUUUCAUUUCUUAUGAUAAGUAUUGCUUCACAAAUUGCAUAUAGUGUUUAGGAGAGAUUCCAAUACUACUAAUAUUAGCAAAGUUUAUAUUCUUGUGCUUUAAUUUAACUAUUCUUAAUCAAGAACACCCACCAGCUCCAAAUCCUAGCUUACCGCCAGCAACAUCAUAGACCACUUGCAGAGUUUGCUGUUGGAUGUUGCCGAAAAUUCCCAAGUCACUAUCAGCACUGUUUCCGGCAAAAGCCAAGCAAACCUGCGAUGAGCUGACGGCAACAAGUAUCCCAGUGAUCCCCAAAUCAACCUUGGCAUUUCCUUUGAAAAUGACGCUGAUUUUUGGUAUAGCGACGGUUGUCUGCCCACUGAAGUCAUAGCAAGUAUCCAGGAUUGAAAAUGCUGGUGCUGCUUUAUACUGUUUCAUCUGUGCCUUAAAAGCGCCACUCAAUGCCGAGUAAGCCGUUGGAGGUAACCUUGUUAUAACAGUCCCAGAAUCAACUACAGUUCCGGCAGACUGGAAAACUGAUGCACUGAUAGGUAAGAGUUUCCCUCCAACGGUAAUGCCCACAAUGUCGACAAAAUAGAAGUUAUCUGAUUGAGAGCUGGAAAAGGGAGUGAAUAACACAUUGCUUGAGUAUCCUCCCCUUCCGAAACUCAAAUAUCCGUUGGAUCCUGAUUUUGUUGGAAGGCAAUAUGAGAAUACUUUCCCGUAUUUUGCAGCUGUUUGGGACACAACUGAUAUGGCGUCACGGCCAAGGCCUAACAACCCGUCAGUGUUCCCAAACAGGCCUCGGUUGUUCUGCCCACAGCCAAAGAGAAAGUUAGGGAAAACAUCCGUCGCUAAGGUUAGUGUCUCUUUCGCGAAAAACCCGACAGAGAAUGACUGAUCGCCGUAUUGAAUGCCGUACACACAGGUCGAUCCAGAGCAACCAGGGGUGUUUCCGGUUCCUGAAACAAGCUGAGAACAUUGUGUCGAAGAACACGAAAUGUUGGAAUAAGUUGUCGACAGUUUGGGAUUAUAGACUGGAUCAUUCUGUGAGUAGCAAUACUUAACACACGGUUCGCAUUGUGUCCAGGUUAAAUCGCUUCCGGUAUCGAAAACCAGAGUGUAGUCUUUCUUCGGGGUGCCCAGGCCGACUGUAACAAUGUAGUUCCCAGUUCCGACAGAGGUCCCAGAUUUAGCGGGGAUUGAUGUUUUCUUGUCCCUGAUCCUGUUUAUGUUUUUCGAAGCCGAUAAACUCGCGGCAUGGCGGAAUUGCAUCGAGGCGACCCGAGCUUGGUCCUGGGUUAGAAUUUGAGCCAGUGUUAAUUUGCUGGAUUCUUUGCCUUCAUAGCAGGCGCCAUGAAUGUUCACCAGUUUCAGUGAAGACUUCAAAACUGGACCUGUUUUUUCAUAAUGGGAAAAAAAUGAUGGGUUUAAUUUGUUGAUAAUGACACAUUAGCUGCACCAGACAAUGACAUGACCACGUUGCAAUACCAUUUUCUUGAUUUCGAUUUGGGACUAUUUUUUCUUUUAAUUAGUUUGUUUAGGAGUUGUCAAUUGAUAGGUCCCUUGCUAAAAGUUGGUUGCGACUUACAAUCAUCCUCUAACUAAAGAAGCUACAAUAUAAUGAUCCUCAAAACAAAAGAGAUAAAAUCUCAUGUGUCAGAUUCUUUUGUAAUUUAAAAAGGAGAAUUUGUGGUAUCUUAUGUGAUUCGAGAAAAAGUUGAUCGAUCUGUAUACUAUUUGUGUAGACUAAUAAAAUAUUAAGAGUGCAUUUGAGGAUGAUUCAGAUUAAUUUUGCACGGUGAAGCUUUCUUCAUGGUUAAGUUGGUAUCUUGCAAGGUAUUUAAUGUAACUACAUCAUCAACUACUAAUAAACAAACGAAACAUCAAUUAUUAUAGAAUUAGGUUAUUCCAAACAACUCCCUCAAGGUUAGCUAUUUUGUGUGAUAUACCUACAGAAAUCAGUUGUGUAACAUUUUGAACCCCCACAUUCCACUUUGUGGCAAUUUACCAAAAUUAUAUUAGUGAGUGAAUUGACAAAUACGAUAAGGAGUUAAAUGUGGGAGAUGCAUACGCGAUUAAUCUCUAUCAAAAACCCUGAUUUAGUACAACUAAAAUAACAAUAACGUACUUCAUAAAUAAAUUAUGAAAAUACAUGGAAAAAAGACAAUAACUAAUUCCAACCAAAGCAAUAACGCAAAGAAAAAAAAAAAAGAAGAAAAAGAAGAUUGUUAACAUUGAUCACUAAUCAAAAUGGUAGUGGGUAGACCCUAUAACUCCAAAACAUCAAGGCAGUAUUUUACUAUGUUCAAUUGAUCUUUCAGUGAGAGUUUCACAAUACAAUGAAACUUGAGGGGCUUAAUUAAUUUCAAUUAACUUCUUACAAACAUAAACAUUAUUGUUUUUUUCAAAUUUCCAUCCUUAGCUCCAUUAUUAAGAGGACCAAUUGGAUUGGGAAAUACAGCUGUUAGGCACAAGAUGAUGGAUAAUCGGUUAGAAAGAAAGACAGGCUGCUUCCUAAUGGGGUUCUUCUAGUCCAUUACUUUAGUUCCCCGUGGCUUUGGAUGAAAACGACUCAUUUCUUAUUCAUUUUAGUUCCUUUUUUUUUUUUUUUUUUUUUGUUGAGGAAACGUCUCCAUUUGUUCAAUUGCAAUCAUUUGCUCUUCCAUGCAUACAAUAUUUACCUUCCAAAAUUUUAAUUUUUAAUUAUGUAAAAAAAAGCUGCAGAAAAAAAAAAUAAACAAAGGGAAAGUCUUGACAAAGAUAGAUGAAAUGUCUUUCAAAGAAAAGAGAAAGAAAAGUAUUGUGCAACAUGGGAGCCAACCACGCUUUGGAGACGCAUGAACUACUGUCUUGUUGUUUUAGGAUAUAUAUAUAUAUAUGUACAACUUUUUUAACAAUUCCUAAUUUUUCUAAUUGUGUCGUAUAGUAAUUAAAACGAUUUAGAGAAACCAGAAAUGAAUAAAUACAAACUAUACAUUACUCACAUAUUUCACCUCUAAAAAGUGUAUGUAGUUGAUGUUCACGCCUCUUUAACAUUCUUAAAUUGGUUCAACAAUUAUUCCACCGUACAAAUUACACAGCUGAAAAAUAGUUAAAAUAAUCCACUUAAUUUGUUUGAUAAUUUCAAUCCUGAACAAUACCAAUUUUUCUUUUUUUUAUUUAUCUUUUAUUUUAUUAUAUAUAUAUAUAUAUUUUGAAUAAAAUACUUUAUUUUAUAUAUCUAACAGUACUCAUACCAUAUAUAUUCUUGUACAAAUUGGGAGAUCGCCUGUUCAUUUGUUCAAAUGUAUUAACAAGACUUUAAUGUAUAGGAUGUAUACGUGAAACAAUUCAUUCCACCGAUCGAUAUUAUGUCGGUUCUGAAAAUAUAGAACUUUCUUUUCACUAGAAAUUUAAUAAGUGAACUUCUUUUCUCAUUUGUUUUUUGGAAAUGGAAGGUGCAGAUAUAUAUAUAUAUAUAUAUAUAUAUUAUUUCAUUAAGAAAAAAAAGGAGAUAACACUGUUCAUGUCAUGCAAGGAGGCCUAAAUUGUGAAAUGCCAAAUUGCAAAGAAAAAGAAGAGAAGAAGUUGUGUAGCACCUUUGUAAGUGGAGGGUUUGCAGGUGUGGGAUGAAAAUACUGUGCUCACGUCGACUGAAUGGAAGAAAUUGGUUUCUCCGGCAGCUUGUUCCCCUUUCAAACCAUGGCCCUUCUCCAAAGAAAACAAGAUCAAUACAAGGCUAAGAUAAAUGGACAUGACAAACUUGAAGAAGGACAUGGAAGAGGAAGAGCAAGCCAUUUUGAGUUGUCUUCUUUUCUCCUUUAGGCUUGUUCUUAAAGAGAAAGAUAAUAUAUAGCAUAUUGUGUUACUACAAACACCUUUAUAUACAAACAGAGUUCUAAGUUUGCAAGCCAUCCACUAGGCACUAAGUGUGUAAAAGUUUCAACCUUUUCAUUAUUUUAGGAAAUUGAUUGAUGGUUACUUUCUUAAUAUGCAAAAAUGUGUGGGGUUUGGACAAAGAAGAAAUCAAUUAUGUUGUAUGGG